AUGAAAACACGGCGGCGAAACGUCUCCGAGGAUCAUGAUCUUACCAUCACUCGCCGCAAUACGCGAUCGAAGACUUCAAUGAAUCGAAUAGAAUACACAGAUCCGAUUCCAAUCGAUCUUAUUAUGGAGAUAUUCGCGAGAUUGCCGGCGAAAUCAGUAACAAGAUCUUCAGCUCGACCACAUCUCUUGUUCAUGUGCAAGAAAAUUUGCGAGGUGUUAUUCUUCUCGUCACCUCAGCCUCAAAAUCCGGAUGAAAACUUGUCUCAUGUUGUCGCCAAUUAUCAUAUGAAGUCUCCGUUUGAUGUUCAAUACUCUCAUUGUGGUGGCUUAGUCUGUUUUAUAGAUAAGCCGAUCAUAAAGAGGAAGGCUGGAACGGCGCUUGUAGUAUGUAACCCUAGCACCGGGCAAUCCUUAACCUUACCCAAAGUAAAGACGAUAAGGCUUGAGGAACUGGAAACAUUUCAUGGAGAAGGAUCAAAUGUUGUGUACUACAUCAUUCUUCUAAUGGUAAAGGGAUUUUUAGUAAACUACAAUGGUAAAUUGGGUGUAAUUGUGUCUCACAUGCGUGGAGAUGUUUAUGGAAGCGAUACAAGUUUUAAGUUGUGGGUUCUAGAGGAUGCCGAAAAGCAGGAAUGGUCGGAGCAUACUUACGUAUUUCCCGCUUUAUGGAAGAACUUAGUGGGAAACAUCUCCUUACACUUUGUUGGAGUGACUCGCAGUUCUAAUGAAAUUGUGUUGUCGCCGAACAAACAAUACGGUAAUGAAAUUGUGCCUUUCUAUGUUUUCUAUUACAAAACUGAGAGAAACACGGUCAGAAGAGUUGAAAUCCAAGGAAUGGAACCUUUUAAGGCACAAGGUUCCAUGACAAGCGUAUUGAGGAUGAUGAACCCUAAUCUCAUCACCGGAAAAAAUCUCCACAAAGGAUCUUCGAUUUUCUUAAGAGGUGAAGAAAGCACACACCAACUCCAAUGGAGAUUCUCAAUCAAGCAAGGAUCUUUAAGAACGAUUCAAGCCACUGCUACUAAAACAGAAACAGAGGCGAGAGAGACUAAUACGACGACGAGGUAUGACGACAAAAUGUUGAACAACUAUGUUCCUGUAUACGUCAUGCUUCAACUUGGAGUCAUAACAAACGAUAACGUUCUUUCAAACAAAGACAAGAUCAAGAAACAGCUCAAGAAACUGAAACAGAGUCAAGUAGAUGGAGUAAUGGUUGAUGUAUGGUGGGGAAUUGUGGAAUCAAAUGGUCCAAAGCAAUACAAUUGGAGUGCUUACAGAGAUUUGUUUGAGAUUGUACAAAGCUAUGGACUAAAACUACAAGCUAUAAUGUCGUUUCAUCGAUGCGGAGGCAACAUAGGUGAUGAUGUUAACAUCCCGAUACCGAAAUGGGUGAUCGAAAUCGGGGAUUCGAAUCCGGAUAUUUUCUAUACGAACAAGAGUGGUAAUAGAAACAAAGAAUGUUUGUCUCUUUCUGUUGAUAACUUGUCUCUUUUCAAAGGAAGAACAGCAGUUGAGAUGUACAGAGAUUACAUGAAGAGCUUUAGAGAAAACAUGGAAGAUUUCAUUAGCUCUGGAGUUAUAAUAGACAUUGAAGUAGGUCUUGGUCCUGCUGGAGAGCUUAGAUACCCUUCUUACAGUGAGACUCAAGGAUGGGUUUUCCCGGGAAUCGGAGAAUUUCAAUGUUAUGACAAGUACCUGAGAUUGGAUUAUGAAGAAGAAGUUAGAAGAAUCGGGCAUCCGGAAUGGAAACUUCCCGAAAACGCGGGAAAAUACAACGAUAUUCCAGAAGCAACCGGAUUUUUCGAGUACUCGAAUGGGACAUACCUUACGGAAGAAGGAAACUUCUUCUUGUCAUGGUACUCCAGGAAGUUACUUCUCCAUGGUGAUCAGAUUCUUGAUGAAGCUAAUAAAGUGUUUCUUGGGUGUAAACUCAAGUUAGCAGCAAAAGUCUCUGGAAUCCACUGGUGGUACAAAUCUGACAGUCAUGCUGCAGAACUUACCGCGGGUUAUUAUAAUUUGAAAAACAGAGAUGGGUAUCGUGCGAUUGCGAAAAUAAUGCGUAGACACCACGCUAUCUUGAAUUUCACUUGUCUAGAGAUGAGGAACACAGAGCAGCCAGCAAAAGCUAAGAGUGGACCUCAAGAACUUGUUCAACAAGUUUUGAGCUGUGGAUGGAGAGAAGGGAUUGAAGUUGCGGGCGAAAACGCGCUUCCACGAUUCGAUAGAGAUGGAUAUAACCAGAUUAUACUAAACGCAAGGCCUAAUGGGAUUAAUCAAGAUGGUAAACCAAGGAUGUUUGGAUUCACAUAUCUCCGGUUAUCUGAUAAACUUCUCAGCGAACCGAAUUUCUCAACGUUUAAGACAUUCUUGAAACGAAUGCAUGCAAACCAAGAGUAUUGUCCAGAGCCUGAAAGGUACAAUCACGAGCUGUUUCCUUUGGAAAGAUCGAGAAGCGAUGAAUCAUUGGAGAAGUUUAUAGAAGAAACAGAACCAAUUGAUCCAUUUCCAUGGCUUGAAGAGACUGACAUGAGUAUUAGACCCUUUGAGAGUAUAAUGUCUCUCUUGAAAAGCAUAGUCUUGAGAAACAAGUCCUAG